AGGUGGUUGCUUCAUCUUCUACUGCGGUAAAGCAAGAUUACAACGAGUAUAUGUGGACGAUGCGUAAAGACUUUAGUGAGCCUGAGCCUCCUUUAGUUACCAAGUAACCAAGAGCGAUCCCCAAAUCAUUAUGUCAGAGCAGUAUUAUAUCGCAGUGAAGGCAUCACUACACUCCUCCGACUCUUCUGUCUUUGGUCUCGAGCCAGUCGAGAUAUCCGCACUUUCCAAAAGAUUCCCCAACUCCCAAACCCCUGUGUUCAACGGAGUUCUCAUUAAAGGUAACCCUAUCCAAGUCAUUAACUUGUUGAGUGAGCUGGGAUAUCGCGUUGUCUGCAGCUCCGGUGAGAGCGAGAUUGUCUGGACCCUACGAAGGGACGUUUUGAUUCCGCAAGAUCAGCUGAUAGAAACGCAUUCGCAAACUCGCAGGAGUUUGUCCGCUCGAAUCGCUCCCAACGACAUCGUCAAAAAGCCUGUACGCAACGUCAAAUCUAUGGUCUCACCCCCCUCCAUAAAAUUAAACUGAGAUCACUCCUACGUCGCCCCAAGCUCAGGAGCCUGUGACUGAGCCUCCGUCAGUCCAGUAGACAUGCCGCACGUCGUAGUCAAGGGGAAGGUGGAGGGGAUGGAGAGCACAGUGUUCGGCCUGUCUCGAG